AUGUCUCAACCUCCAGGUUUUGAAGUCACUGACAAGACCCUAGUAUGCAGGCUCACCAAGGCUCUUUAUGGAUUAAAACAGGCUCCUAAGGCCUGCUGCACCUAUAUUCUAGUUUAUGUGGAUGAUAUUAUCAUCACAAGAAACAAUUCUGACUUAAUACAACUUCUAAUUGAUCAAUUGCAUUCUAAAUUUGCCUUAAAACAGCUUGGAAAUCUGGACUACUUUCUUAGGAUCGAAGUUAAACAUCUCUCCAAUGGAAGGAUACUGUUAUCUCAAUCAAAAUAUAUUAGAGAUCUUCUUUACAAAGCUGGAAUGGCAGAAGCUAAAGGAAUUUCCACUCCUAUGCCUAGUGGAUGCAAGCUAAGCAAAUUUGGCUCUAACUAUGUACCUGAUCCCUCGCUUUACAGGUCCAUUGUUGGAGCACUGCAAUAUGCUACAUUAACAAGACCUGAAAUUUCCUUUAGUGUGAAUAAAGUCUGUCAAUUUUUAUCCCAGCCACUUGAGGAACAUUGGAAAAUUGUUAAACGCAUUUUGAGGUAUCUCAAUGUCACUUUAUCCUAUGGUCUGGUAUUUCAUCCACCUUCAUCACAACACCCUCUCUCACUUGUGGCCUUUUGUGAUGCUGAUUGGGAUUCAGAUCCGGAUGAUAGAAGAUCAACCUCUGGAGCUUGUGUGUUCUUAGGCUCAAUCUCAUCUCUUGGUGGGCUAAGAAGCAAUCCCUAG